UCGUUGCUAGGAAAUUAACCUUAUUAACGAAGAUGGAGGCCAACAUGUUUUCAAACUUGAAGCAAAAAUAACAAAUUAAUUGUACAAACUGUAGUGAAAAUAUUCUCAUUAUUAAAAAUGGCCACACAAGCGAAUAAAUUACCAUUUAAAGGCAAAAGCAUUUAUGAAGGGAAGUUUUUUGACAGAGCGCCACAGUGCUUAGCGGCUGGAAAACUGACUUCUCAAGGAGAAACUUCAGAACAGUGUUUACGUCCUAAAGAUGAAAGGCCUCCAUCGCCAGAGGUUAUACGGAAAUUUCGAGCUACAUUUCGCCCUGAUGCUGGGCAGAUGAGAAACUUCUAUGGCACUGCCUAUGACCCUCAGAGACAAUGGGCUGUAGAAAUGACCCACGGAAUAAAAACUCACACAUCUGUGGAUGCAGGCAAACUAGUGAACCCAGAACCAAAGACAUUUUUCCUUCAAAGACUGCAUGACCGGGAUGAAAACAACUACCUUAGCCACAAAAGAGCACCCUUGGGCAAAUCGUAUGAUCAGAGACCUGGAUUGCCCAAAGGACUUGAUCUGGCUUCAUUCACAUUUGGCUUACCAACAGAAAUGGAGGCUGGAGCUGGUAGUCUGAUAAAUCCUAACAAAAAUUAUGAGCAGAUUUUCAGAGAGGCUACUGAAGGGCAUGACCUCUAUGUGAGAUCACAUGCUGACUAUUAUCCCCUGGAGAGAGUCUGUCGCAGCUAUAGCAGUCCAGGCUUUCAUCCUCAGAAGCGCUAUGGUAUCGCCACACCCCACAGCAAUGAUGGUCGGAUGACAAGAGAGACAAUGAAAUGGCUCCAUGAAACUCAAGCCGACAAAGCCACAAAGAUUGUCAGUAAAAGAUUGGAAGAUUUUAGAGAAAAAUAUCAGCCACAGUUAGGCAAAUCUCUUGAUCCCAUAAAGGACACCAUGAAUGUUCCUCCUGAUCACACUUUUGGGGCCCUACAUAAGCCUGAUCCUUAUGGCGCUGGGGAUGUGAUCCAUAAUCGUAAGAUGAACAACAUCCUGAAGGGCAAGGAGAACCAGAGGGCAGUUGUGGCCGCGAUAAGACAACAGCUGAAGAAACUCAACUACCACCACUUCAAUAACUUACUGGAAGCAUUCAGGUUUUAUGACCAGGAAGGAAAAGGAAAGAUAACUUUAUCAAAUCUGCACAAUGUUUGUGUCAAGUAUCGUCUCCCUGUGGACUUUGACAUGAUAGAAAAAGUCUUAGAUUACUGUGAUGCAGACAAAGAUGGCAUGAUAAACUACCUUGAGUUCUGCAACUUUCUGAACUGGAAAGAGAAACUACCUACUGGCUUAGAUGACCUAGGGCCACCACCUAUGAUGAUUGGUACAGAUUAUCUUUUUUCUAAAAUUCCCCCUGAGAAACUUAUCAAUGAGGCCUAUCUAGUCCCAAAAGAUCCACAGACUUCUGAUCUGACCACCAGCACUAUAGUCAAGCAGAUCGAUUUCAACGUUGGAAACCACAGCACCAGUAAUGCCAUGUACAACUCUGUAAUAGGUCCUGGAGGUAUCAGCUCAAAAAGUUUUCGUACAUAUGGUAUACCAUCAGUUCGCUCUGAUCUCUCUGCGCCAAGAGUAAAGAGGCUGAGCGACAGAACAAAUUAUGGUGACCAGGCUUUUCUGUAUGGAUUAAUGUGCCCUUCCUUAUACAGCCAGCACAACGUUUACGAGAGAGACUUGCUACAGCCCAGAACAUUUGAAGAGAUCAAGUCUAUAUUCACCAACAUUGGCAUCAGGAUGUGUGGAGAGGACAUGGAGAGAGCCUACAAGCAAGCAGCCAUGAACCACCCUAAAGGUCAUGUCAGUGUUGAAUCCUUCAGGGGACUGCUCGAUGACAUUCAGGAGCAGCAAAUACGUGCAGGUGUACACCCCAUGGCUUUAGGAGAGUCUCAGUAAUUUGUCUCUGGCUACAGAUCAUAGACUAAAAAUAUUGAAAUUUGGAUAUUAUUUUUAUAUCCAGAAUUUUGUACUAAAAUCAAUGACUGUGAUAAUGGGAUAUAGUGUAUGUUUGCUUGCUUAUUUAAUUUUAAAAGUUUAAUACAAUCAAAUGUAUUCAUCACAUCAAAAAUAUUUUUAAAAAUUCUGGCCUUUCUAAAAUCAAGCUCAUUGUUGUAAUGCAAAAUUGUGAAAUUAUUAUUCUUUGUCCUAUUAUUAUAUUUUAAGGCAAAUGGGAAAUAUUAAUAUUCAUUUUGAAUCUUUAAGCAUUUUCAAUUUAAAUGCACAAUUAACUAUUGAUCUAUCUCACAUUUUUUGAAUGUUUUAAAAUUUACAAUUAUCUUCCACUGCUUUUUAGCUGUCAAGUUUAAUUCUUAUACCUUAUAAAAAGAUUUUCUGUCUGAACUGCAUUCAUCUCAACCUUUUUUUUUUUUUACAAAUUUGAAGGAUGAAUUUGAGCCUGUAAUUUUUGUUAAGAACUUAAAAUUAAUUUUUUUUCAAUUUGUGGUAAUUUAUUUUUAAAUGAUAAUGCUCACAACUUUAAAUAAUUUACAACAGUAUUUCAGAUUGUGAUUCUGCAGUAUUAUUUUUUAUACACCCUUUUUUUUUACCAAUUAAUUGUUUGGAAAUGUAAUUAAACACUUGAUAAUUACUAUGCACUCUGAUGAUUUCAGUAUUAUUUCAAUUAAACAGAAAUGAUAUUAUGCAUGAGGUAAACUAUUUCAGCCCCCCACGCCUCUGUUUUCACUGCACUCUUACCUUCUGUAAAUAUUCAAUAUCGAAGUUUUACACAUUAAUGUUAUAAACACAUUUUUAUGAAACAUUUUUCUCUUGUGGUAAAUGUGAUAUAUUUAUAUUAUUUUUACACCAAUUCCAUACCACUUAACGAUAAUUACUCAAAGUAUUAAUUGUGUUAAAUUUUGUUGUAUUAAAAAUUUAACAGUAUUAUUAGUAUUAACAUUAAUUUGAGUUGCAGCUCACGACAGCAUUAUUAUGGCUUAGUUGAUCAGCAUUAUUUAUGUUAGAAAUUAGUUUGUUAAUCAAUCAAAGUCCAAUGUUUAAUCAUUUAUAAAAUAUAAAUAUAAUUAUAAGGGGCCUUGCAAUCUAUGAGGGCAGAUAAUGUAAAGCUCAUUUGUUUCUAUGAUUGAUGGUUUCUGAGGGUGUUAUGUGAUCAACACAACAACCACCUGCUUGUAUUUCACCUACAUAUGUUAGGUAUUGUUUAGAGUUGGGUAGACUAGAAGUUGUCCUAAAAAUACCAAGGUUCAAAAUCCCAUUCUUCAUCUAGAUUUGAACUUGACACCCCUCAGUUUGGAAGUCAAGCACUUAACUACUCAGCCACUUUGCCCCAAAUCUAUAUUUGUUUUCAACAUUUAUGUUUACUAAGUUAUGAAGGUAUCCUACAUUUUUCUACUUUGAAAUUGGUUAGGCUGAAUUCGCUGUUUUAAUUUGAGGGAUGAGCAAUAAUUUAUACUAUUUCUACUUCAUUUCCUAUGAUGGCACCAAAUUUGCUUCUCUUAAUUGUUGUUAGCUGCCUGGUCAUGCGGUAUGGGCGCUGGACUGUCGUUCAGAUUUUUCGAUGGUCCUGGGUUCAUACCCUAUCUGCUGCUAUCCCCCUUCGUCCUACAGGAGGUUUGGGCUAGGAAGUAAACUAUCUUCAACUCUGAAGUAACAUCUGAAACAUGGAAAAAAUUUUACAAACAAAAAGUUGAUUUCCCAAGCCUCCAUCUGAGCAGGGAAAGGGACUGUGGCAGUCUAAUAGCAUCACUAACAAUGUAACUAAACUAAAGCCUUCUAAUAUGUCUUUUUUUGUCCAAUCUUUGUUUAACUCUUGAUCACAUCACUAGCUUCAUAUUUGUUUGGUUAAAUUACAUUGACAAUAAGCAUAAGCUGUCUCACUUCUCUAAAUGAAAAUCAUAUCUUUUCUUGUUUUUAUACAAGCAAUGCACAAUAUGUUGUUGUUAAUCACAGUAGCACUUGCGCUUUGCAUGAUUAUUUCACAUCAUGGUUUAGGAUUCAACAGGUUCACUGUUUCUUAACAAUAUUCAAGGAUGUUUUAUCUUUUCAAAUGACAUAAUCACUAUCAUUAUGGUCUUCAAUGAGAGUAUUUGAAUUAUUACUUAUACUAAAUGUCUACCUAGACUGUCCUUUUUAUUUACAUUGCUAAAGGAUUUCUAACAUGCCUUUUGCUAUGCAACUGUUUUGAUCUGUAUAAUCAGUCUAAUAAAGUAUUCUGUAUUCACAAUGAUCCUAAUGGUUUGACAAUAAAAAGUUUAUAAGGUAUAAAAUCUUCGCUUUUUUAAUAUGUUUUUGAUAAAUAUUGUUGCUAUUUUUUUUUCAUAUUAAGAAAAAGAUUUACAUUUAUACUCCAUACAUAAUUUUCAAUGGGUACUAAUGAGUAUUGCUAUUUUCUAAAUCCAUCUACAUUUCUAAAUAUUUGUAAAAAAAACACAAAAUAUCUUACAACUGAACAUGAAUUAUAUAUAUUCAUUUAGCUUUUGUGUGUCACUAAACUAUUUUUUUUGUUUAGCACAUACAAAAAAAUAGAAAUAUUUAUGUUUAUAUAUGUGUUAUAAUCAUAGAACUGGUUAUCUAAACCCUCCAAUAUUGAGAUUGACUAUUAUGUUUAUAACUUACAUUAGUAAGUAUAAAUACAGCUAACUCUCUGACUGAUAGAGAUUAGCAGUUUAAGAGAACAUUCUGCUAUUUUUCCUCAGUGCAGACCCUAAAAGAGACAGUUUAACAGUAAAAAACUGACAAGAUGAAGCUCUGUAACUAUAACAUUAGUUAAUGUUUUUGAAGUUUAUAUCAGAUAAAUUAAAAAAAAUGUUUUAACAAAAAGCUUGUUUUUUUUGUUGUUUUUUUUAUACUGUAUUUCUGAAAUUCAGAAAUUCUUUUCUUCAUAUAACAACUAAACUUUAUUUUGUUCACAUUUUAGUAUCACAUUUUUAAAAUUGUCUCACACAGUUUUUACAUAUUUAUUUUAAUAGGCCUCAAUUAUUUUCUGUUUUUAUUUGACACAUUUUAAUUGAGUAAAUAUCAUAGUACAUCUGCUUCUGAGAUUUAAAUAUUUACAUUUUUUUUUUAUGGUAAGCAGAAGUCAGUUGUUUUUUUUAUCAAAAUGAUACAUUGUGACUGUAUGUUGAUUUGUCAUUCUUUUUACCCCUUUUUGAUAUCUUAUUUAAACCAUGUCUCUGCACUAAAGUUUGUCAGUAAUGUUGUGAUGAGGUGAUUCAAUUAAAAAGAUUGAUUUGUUGCUUUACAA